GCUUCGGUAGCCUUGAGGAUGCGUUUCCCUCUCGGCAGGGAGCUGGAGGCUUUGGGAGCCUUGAAGAUGCUUUUCCGUCGCGGCAGAGCGCCGGGGGAGGCUUCGGAAGCUUGGAGGAUGCUUUCCCUUCCCGGCAAGCAAACGGAGGAGGCUUCUCUGGGGGGCUGGAGGAUGCCUUCCCUCCACGCCGCGCCGGCGGAAUGCAGGAGGGUCCGGCGCGGGCCCCGGCGACAGGCAGCCUGGAGGAGGCGUUUCCACCACGGCGCAGGCCUGCCAGUACCGGGAAGCCACCGAGACCCUGA